GCAGCCCUGCCUUGCACCUCCUGGAGGGGGGAACUGGCUGCUUUGCUCUCCACGCAGCAGCGCCGCGGGUCCGUUGGAAGCGGCGCGAUGGGGGCGCCCGCCUGGUGCCUUUUCCCCGUCUAGCCUUUGUCUCCCGCCCUGGACACCUCCCGAUGCACAGGAUCCCCGGGUUUUACUUUUGCCUCCCCUCCGCCCGGACCCGGAGCCCGGGAACCGCGUGACCGUGUGAAACAACUAGAGACCGUUUAAGUGUGAAAUUGUGUGGGACAGACUCUAAGCACAAGAGGAGAGAGUAGAGAAAGGAAGAUCAUUAUGGUUUAGAAGAGUGGAAGAAGGCCACUGCAGAGGUGCAAGCGAAGUAUGGUGGGAUUCUGGAAGAACUACAAGAUAAACAUCCAUUCUUCGAGUGUGUUGUGCAUAACCGAAGUUCUGGCUAACAGGUUGCUAGAUUCUGCCAUAUGAGGCAGCCUAGCCAGAGGGUACUGAAGGAGUGGGUAAGCCAGUCCAGUCACCAUGAGUUGGAGCUUCCUGACUCGACUAUUAGAGGAGAUCCACAACCAUUCCACAUUUGUGGGGAAGAUUUGGCUCACCAUAUUGAUAGUCUUCCGGAUCGUACUCACUGCUGUGGGUGGGGAGUCCAUCUACUAUGACGAGCAAAGCAAAUUUGUGUGCAACACAGAACAGCCAGGCUGCGAGAACGUCUGCUACGAUGCCUUUGCCCCUCUGUCCCACGUCCGCUUUUGGGUGUUCCAGAUCAUCCUUGUGGCCACCCCCUCAGUGAUGUAUCUGGGCUAUGCCAUUCACAAGAUUGCCAAGAUGGAGCACGGAGAGGCAGACAAGAAGGCAGCGAGGAGCAAGCCCUACGCAAUGCGCUGGAAGCAGCACCGGGCCCUGGAAGAAACCGAGGAGGACCAUGAGGAAGACCCCAUGAUGUACCCAGAGAUGGAACUAGAAAGUGAAAAGGAGAACAAGGAGCAGAGUCAGCCCAAACCCAAGCACGAUGGCCGGCGGCGGAUUCGGGAAGAUGGCCUCAUGAAAAUCUACGUGCUGCAGUUGCUAGCAAGGACCUUGUUUGAGGUGGGUUUCCUGGUGGGGCAGUAUCUUCUGUAUGGCUUCCAAGUCCGCCCAUUUUAUGUGUGCAGCAGAGUCCCCUGCCCCCAUAAAAUAGACUGCUUCAUUUCUAGGCCCACUGAAAAGACCAUCUUCCUGCUGAUAAUGUACGGUGUGACAGGCCUCUGUCUGAUCCUCAACAUUUGGGAAAUGCUCCACUUGGGGUUUGGGACUAUACGUGACUCAUUAAAUAGCAAAAGGAGAGAACUGGAAGAUUCAGGUGCUUACAAUUAUCCUUUCACUUGGAAUACUCCAUCUGCUCCACCGGGCUAUAACAUUGUGGUCAAACCAGAUCAAAUCCAGUACACCGAACUGUCCAAUGCCAAGAUUGCCUACAAGCAGAACAAGGCCAACAUCGCUCAGGAGCAGCAGUAUGGGAGCAAUGAGGAGAACCUCCCCGCGGACCUCGAGAUGCUGCAGCGAGAAAUCAAAGUGGCCCAGGAGCGCUUGGACCUGGCCAUCCAGGCCUACAACCACCAGAACAACCGCCACGGCCCCCGAGAAAAAAAGUCCAAAGCUGGUUCCAAAGCUGGCUCCAACAAAAGCAGUGCCAGUAGCAAAUCUGGGGAUGGGAAGAACUCUGUCUGGAUUUAAUCUUGGCCAGGCUCAUAACUUGUGCUUCUCCUCGUUUAUGGUAAGCAGCGAGCGGCUCACUGAAUAAUGACUUCCAUUGAGUAAACAUUUGGCUCUGGUUAUCUUCAGGGAUGUUUAGUGUUGGCCGGUGAUCCGAGC